GGGGGGUGCUGAGAGCGGUGGUCACGUGACGCCUGCGACCGCCACGUGGCAUUCGAAUCGUGGCCAUUUCCAGAGGUCUCAGAGAACACGGGCAGUUGUACAACGAUGAGCAACCCUCCCGACGCACACCAUGCGGACAUACAUCUUCCAGAAACCAGCAUCUCGACGGCAAGCCAGAGGCGGAUGGACAACACGCUAUGCCAGGCGUUGUUGGCCAUCAGCCAGCUGCUCACACAGCCGCAGCAACAGACGGAGCAGGCCAUCACCAUGUUGAGCAUCGAGCAAUUGAACAGCCUCGUAAAAGCGAAUUUGAUGCCCAGCAGCACCACACAGGUGGCACCCGCCACCGCUGCUGCUGCUGCCGCUGCCAUCGCUGCAUCGUCCGUGCCUCCCUGGGCUGCUUUUCCAUACGGGGCGAUUGGAUGGCCGUACGAACACAACCCAUACCUAUACCCUUACCCUCAGCCCAAGCCGUAUGCGCUUCCCUGCAUCUGCAGAAAUUGUCAGCCGGCACAGUGCUGCAAAAAUCACCCGUCGCACCUGCACGCGCCUGCGGGGCAGAUGCAGUGGGGUUGCACUCAGCCCGCGCCUGCUGGCGCCCCGCAGGAGCGUGGUCGUCAUGCACACACUGGAAAGUGCCCACAGGAAACUUGCAGCCAGGAAACUUGCAGCCAGGAAAGCAGCCGCCCCAGCACGGAUGGAGCCAGUCGUUUCACGCCACAAGGCGACUCAUAUUUUUACGGCGGGGAGUCGCGUGGCAUGGGAGAGACCAGAGUCUUUAGAAGGAGAGAUGACGGUGACUGGAAGAGGCAGAAUGUGCAAGGCCCAGACUCGUAUUGUGGCAGCGCGGGAGGCAGAGGGGCAUGCGGUGGGUGGAAUGAGCAGCAAAAAUGGAGCAGGGGUGGUUAUCGAGGUGGGAGCAGCUUUGAUGAUGGUGGUGGCGGCGGGCGUAGUGCAUGGCGUGGUCGGGGAAAUUGGUCGGGUAGAAAUGUUAAUUCUGAUCGUAAACGGCCUUGGGAAUCUAUGGAGUCCAAUAAUCGUGGUUCUCAGGAUUGGAACACAAGCUCCUCAUCCUUCCGCAGGGAACCUGCCAAGCAGCGUAGUGCUCCGUGGUGGGCACAAAAGGUUGAUGGAGAGACCCCUAAUGCCACAGCAUCUGUUGUAUUGUCCGAUGAUUGGGAAAAUGACCCCGCUAUACCCGAGGGCAGUGGGGAAGAGAAAAGCAAGGCAAGCUAAAAUACAUAUAUGUGGAGGGUGAAUGACCACACGUGACUUUGCCAAAUGAAAGCAACAGUAUUUGAAGUAAUGUGGCUGUGAUUAAUCAACAGCAGAUGCUCAAUCAAUACUUGCUUUCAAGGCAUGUAACAUUCAUUGGUUAAUAUUUUUCCGACUACAUGCAUCAUCAAGGCAAGGAAGCGUUAUUUACAAGAUGACUGAAUUUGGGUUUCACCUCCCCUAAUUAACCCAGGUCCUGAAGUUCAGGGAGUUAUGAUCAAAGCCCAGUCACCAAUAACUGGACAAAACUUUCACGUUAAAUUAGCUUUUUUCCACUUAAUUUGACUCAAUUUCAGCCUUUGAGAAUUUCAAAAUUUAUCAGAUUUGCAUGUAACAUUUUAAGUAAUACUGAUGCGUGAUAAAAUGUGCUUCCUAUCGUGUGGAUAAAAGUCACUUGAUGGAAUUUCACAAGUAGCUCCACAAUAUAUGCUUCGUUGGGCUGCUCUUUAACUCGGAGAGUGAUGCAUAAUCCAAAGAUCCAAAUGGACGCUUCAUGUCAUGGAAAGAACACAAUUGGAACAGAAUUGGGGGGGG